UUGCACCACAUGUUUUUAAUUCUCUCUCUCUCUCUCUCUCUCUCUCUCACACACACACACACUUCACACAAACACUGUUUCCGGCUUUCUGCUCGAAGCCGAAAAAUCAGCUUGAUUUGACGAAAUUCGGGUAAUUAUUGAAGAUCAGAGACGAGGAAUUAAGUUUGGAAUCGAAUCCAAUCAGUGGAAAGGAGCUGAGAUUUCUUAUUAGCCGUUUAAUGGAUUUUGCUUGGGCUGAUGAAAAUGCAUCGAUUUCCGAAGCUCUUCUCCCAUAGGUCGGAGCCGCGCAACUCCAGCCGCCGCCCGGCGAAGCCGAAAAGGCUUGAGCGGUGCAACGCACUCAGGAAUGCCAGCUACGACUUCUCUCUCUCUGGUUCAUCUUCGUCAUCGUCGCACUCGCCGGAGGAGUCUCAGCGCGCGAGCUCCUUGGAUUUGUACGGCGGGAAGACGACGAGCUUCCGCGUGGAUGGGACCGAGGGAGAAUUUCAAGUUAUCUGUGAAGCGUUUGGUUUUUCCGGGAUAGACGAUUUCGCUAUAUCGCAGGAGGAAUAUGAGGCGAUGAAGGCGGGGGGUACGAUUAAUAAGAAAUUGGAGCCUUUGUAUCAGGAAACAGAGGUUGAUUGUGUUAAAUAUUCUUAUGCUAACGGUAAUAUUAGGGCAAUUGAUGGGAUUAAUCGGAAAAUGGGGGGUUUUCCUGUUGAGAAUUUAGAGAAUAGUUUUGGCGCAGCUAGUAAGCAAUUUGGGGUUACUUGUGAUUUUGAUUAUGCGAACAAGUGCAGGGGUGUUUCUGAGCCAUCAAAACGAUUAGAGGAUGGUGUAAAUUUUGUUCAUAGAUUAAGUGUGAGAUCAAAAGCUUCUCGUAUAAAUGGUAUUCAGGGCGCACGACCAACUAUAGUGGUGCCCGAUUGGGAUACAUCGACAGGAUUUCUGCAGGAGCGUGAUCCAUGUAUUCCUAAGUUCCAAAGCAGGUUCUUUUUGAAUAAUGAAGAGACUGCGGUAGUUGGUCCGGAUAGGAAUGAGCAAGAGAAGGUUACAAUGACAAUGGAAGAAAACCGUGCAUUAUCAGAGUCAUGCUCUUUCUCUUCAAAUGAGGAUGAUUCCUCAAGUUCCAUGACUGAACCUAUGUCUAGCAUUUCAUCUAAUGAGAGACAUGGACGUGUUAUUCAUGACUGGCAGAAGGGUGAGCUUUUGGGACGUGGAACAUUUGGAUCUGUGUAUGAAGGAAUUGCAGAUGGUGGAUUCUUUUUUGCUGUAAAGGAAGUGUCUUUGCUUGAUCAAGGAGAGGAUGGGAAGCAAUGUGUGUUCCAACUUGAACAGGAAAUCGCUCUUCUUAGUCAGUUUAAACAUGAAAACAUCGUACGGUAUUAUGGGACAGAGAAGAAGGGGUCACAUCUCUGUAUUUUUCUUGAGCUGGUCACACAAGGCUCCCUUUUGAGGCUUUACCAGAAAUAUGAUCUUCGAGUGCCUCAAGUAUCCGGUUAUACACGGCAGAUUCUACAUGGUUUGAAGUAUCUGCAUGACAGAGAUGUCAUCCACAGAGAUAUAAAAUGUGCAAAUAUAUUGGUGCACACAAAUGGUUUAGUGAAGCUUGCUGAUUUUGGUCUUGCUAAGGCUGCCAAGUUGAAUGAUGUGAAGUCUUGCAAGGGGACUGCAUUUUGGAUGGCUCCCGAGGUUGUUCGUAGCAAGGGCUAUGGGCUUGCAGCAGAUAUAUGGAGUCUCGGAUGCACGGUGUUGGAGAUGUUGACCAGACGUUUUCCAUAUUUUGGUUUAGAAUAUAUGACAGCAUUAUACAAGAUAGGACAGGGAGUGAGACCAGAUGUCCCCGAUACUCUUUCAAGUGAUGCGCAAGAUUUCAUACUUCAAUGCCUACAGAUUGACCCAAGCUUGCGACCAACAGCUGCUGAGCUCCUGGACCACCCCUUUGUGAAGCGGCCGCUUUCAUCAUCUGCACACAGCUUUGGCUGGCAUUUUUGACAGUCGAGGACCAUGGUGUUUAUGUACUGCAAACCUGAGGAUUUCACAUUAUACUAAGAAUAUAAGGCUCAAGAGUUUCCAUUCUUCGAUUAUUUCAAUACAUUUCGAUUUUGCAAGAUAGGAGAUCCUUUUUUUGUAAUGUGUAUUCAUGCUCUCUCUUUUUUCUGUUGAUUCUGAUUGUUGUGUAGUGUUGUAGUGUGUGAUCUUGUAAUUAGUAGGAUGUAUAUAAAUGUUAAUGAGGCUUCUUUUCUUUCA